GAGGACGCGCGAGCGAGCAAGCGCGGUCUCGCCUUCGGAGUUGUUCGUUGGCCGCCCGUUCCCCCUCACACACCUCGGCCAGCGCCGCCGCCGCCGCCUCCUCGUCGUGGUAGCCGUCGGUCAUGAGGCCCGCCCGUCGUCGCUGGAGCGCGGCCCAGCUGCUGCCGCUGCGGUUCGUGUGGCGCGGCUGCCGCUGAGGCGUCUCCGCCCGGGCGGAGGGGGUUCCCUUCUUCGCCUCUCAGCCGCCGCCGAGGCCGCCAUGUUGGGCCGGGAGCCGCAGCGGGACCGCCGCUGAGCCCUCUGAGAAGGGGAGAGGGAGCCAGGAGGACACGACGAAGACGACGACGGGAAGGACGAGGAGGGAGAGGAGCGGCCGGCGCCGGCGCCAUGGCGGAGCAGACCUACUCCUGGUGAGGAGGCGCCGCUGCUGCUGCUAGGCCUCUCCGAGUGGGGGAGCAUCUCUCUGCCUGCCUAUGGAGGGGCUUCCAUGGAAUGCCCAUCACCGCCGCCUCGGCCUCUUCCCUCCCGCCAUGGGAGCGAGAGCUCUCGGCCUCAAAAGCAGGCUCCGGCCCUUGGCUGAAGGGAAGAAGAGAGAGCGGGGCAGGUCUUUCCCCCAUAGGAAUAGUUUUCUCCCCACACCCCCCUGAGCGAGGUGGCUCUAUAUUCUGCUACUACUACUGCUGUUAAAGGCACAGGAGAAAAGGCCCGUGGGGAAGUUGGCAUCCAGCAGCCGCUACCCCUCCUUUCUCUCCCCCCCCCCUUUUCCUGACCUACCCCGCUUUAAACCCACCAGCUGGACCCGAAGGAUGCCUCCUACAAUGGACGGUCAUUGCUGUGCAUGAGGCGAUAGGACGUAAACAAGCAGGAAAGAUCUGCCCAGGGGAAAGGCCGAGCUGCAGCAACCUGUUGAGAGGUUGGCAGCCUUGCGCACCCCCCACCCCCAAGUUUAUUUCGUCCAAACUUGACACUGUGUCAGAGAGAGCAGUGGGAUCUGUAGGCUCCUGGCAAAGCUGCCCUUGCUGGUUCCUGCAAGUGGCUUGGCAACCUCACUUGCCUUCUUUUUGGGCCGUGUGUGUUUUGGAAGUAUCAAAGCAUAUUAUGGGGGUGGGAUUCAUUCAUAGUUGUCUCCUAAUUCCCAAGUUCUUGAAAAGUAGCCAUGUAAUAAUGAUCUUUUGAUAACUUGAACAAUUUACAAAUUACUGUGAAGAGCCUCCUGAUUCAGAUGCAUGAAGUAAGUGGGCAGUGGUGCUUGGCUGGUGUGUAUUCAGUAUGUGUUUAUGCAUCUUGCAAAAUCUGAUUCUCAUACCAUGAAAAAAUUUACAAGUGUAUAUAUACACUAGUUUCACUCUUCCCCGCGGUGCUUGCUACAGAAGAUCCUGUUACAAUAAACUACUUGGGUUUUAAGGCGCCACAAAAUCCCAGGUGCACACCGUUGGGGUGGUGAUGUAUUUCACCACUUGCUAGGCUGAAUUAGAGACACCUGUCUGUAUGGUGCAAUCUAUUUUGCCAUCAACCAGUUGUUAUUUAGAAACCUGGUAGUGAAAGAGCACAAAUGUGUCUCUGAGAAGAUAAUUUCUUACAUUAAAAAUGUGGAAGUGUAGAAGCAUCUUUCUCAGGGUCCAGGUGCAGUGUACCUGGAUUAAAGGAAGAAGACAAAUACUAUAAGCUUACGUUGUCUUGAUGAUGUGGUUAUAAUUUGCUUGGUCAUGGGGACAACUCCAAUAUCAGCUUUUGGUGAAGGGUGGGUUGUGAAAUAGUCUAUAGUUUGUCACACACCUUGCAGAAGUGGUCAUGUUCUGAUGUCUCCCUGCUGUAAUAGAAGAGAUUGUGUUUGAAAAAAAGCAUUCCUAUUUCUUUGCAUAUUUACUGAAAAGUAAGUAUUACAGACUUAUUCUUGAGCAGCUAUGCAUAGUUGCAGCCUAACCCGAAGCAGAUUUGCUUGGGAUGUAAGUCCCAUAGGCUUGAAUGCAAGGUGGAUGGAUAACAUUGGAGCUAAUGUCACACAAAGUGCUUAAGAAAAAAACACCUGUUGUUGGCUAAAUAAGUGUUUUCUACUUAGUGCCUUCUAUUAUACAUUAUCUUUGUGAUCAUUGCAACAACCUACUAAGUCAUGUUAGGUUGAUAUGAGCACUGACUGAAAGUUCUCAACCUAUAUAGGAUGGAGUUGGUUUCUUAUCAGACAUUGUUAUUAUCCCAUAGUAGGAGAUUAAGUGAAUGACCUGAGUUGGGCUGUCUAGGGACUUCUGGCUGAAGUAAAAUUUGAACUAGGGUCUUGGUGGUUCAUAUUCUUAGUCCCUUUGCUAAACUAAAGGGCUAGCUAGACUUACUUUCAGUUUGUAACAGUUGCCAGCCAGAUGCCUCUGAAAUUGCACAAGAGGGUGUGAUGGGAGUACCAUCCUCUCUUCCUCCUAGCAUCUGGUACCCACAAGCACACUUCUUCUAAAUAUAGUGUUUCAUAAUAAAAUUGCAGGGAGAUAGGUUUUAAAGUGAUGUGAUCAUCCAAGAAAUGGUGUGUAAAUUCUGGAUGAUGGCUUCGAUGGGGAAGAUAAUGGUUCAAAUCAGUUUUUAACUAUGAACUUUAUUGGUUGGUCUUGAGCACAUGGCAGUGACCUGGUUCAGAUGUUACAGACAGCCGCCAAUCUAUGUUUGAUGGUUAGGCUUGUGUCUUGGACUUCUUCCUUCACUUUUCUUUGCUAUAACUAUAGUUCGCUGUAAUGUCCAAAUCAGGUAAACUGGGAUGGGGAACCUGUGGCCCUCCAGAAGUUGCUGGAUGCCAACUCUCAUCAGCUCCAGUCAACAUGGCCAAUGGCCAGGGAUGGUGACAGUUGUAGUUGACCAACAUCUAGAGGUCUAAAGGUGAGCCAACCUUGAGGUAAGCUAUGGUUACUGCAACCAAAGUUUGCUUCCAAAUCAGAUUUCUAACUAUAGUUUCUGUUUUGGUGUGGAAGCAAACCAAUAGCUGUAACAAACCAGGGAUAAUUGAUGGGGAGAUGUGAUAUUUCAUUGACAGUGUCUACCCUUGACUGAUGUAUAUUCUGAAUAGCUCUUAUGUGCAUCCUGGGAUUAAAUAAAAUGUAGAAGGAAGGAUAUGCGUGCACAGCUUUUUCAGUGUUACUGGGGGUGCUGAAGAAACAGGUUUCCUGAUGGUAUGGAAAAGCCAGUAAUGUGGGUUUUCUAGAUUCAGGCAGGUAGUCAUGUUGGUCUGAUGCAGUAGAAAUAAAAAAUAAAAAAUUGUCCAGUAGCACCUUAGAGACCAAGUAGGUUUGUUCUUGGUAUGAGCUUUUGUGUGCAUGCACACUUCUUCAGAUGCUUCUUCAGGUGUCUGAAGAAGUGUGCAUGCAAACGAAAGCUCAUACCAAGAAUAUACUUAGUGGGUUUUCUAGAAAUUUUUCUAGAAAGCCUUCAAGGCAAUUUUACACAGAGCUAAGUGGGCCUUGUUGAGCAUGUUUAGUUGACUUGCAUUUAUAUAUUUAUUUACAGCACUAUUACUGUACAUGCUGUUUUACAAAGAACAGGUAUGACAGGUCCCAAGCCCAAAGGGGCUUACAGUCUAAAAUAGACACAAGGAAACAACAAAGGAAGGGGGUUGGAAAUGGAAGGCACAGGAUUGCUUUAAUGACAUGUGCUAGUGGGGUGAUGAAAAGGUUUACCAGGAAGGUUGAGUUUUGAGGAGGAAUGGAAAAGAGGCAAAGCCAUAAACCAAAGUAAGAAAUAAGGUCAUGCUAAUUUGGCAUCCUUAAUAAACACAUGAAAAGCUUCUCUCACAAAUAGCCAAAAGUAGUUGAAUUGAAAUAUUAGGCUUCCCCUCCCUCAGUAAUGUUCACUUGUGCUGCAGUCCUAUAGGCAUGUGUGAUUUAAAUAUGAUAAUCAAACAAAUUCAGAGGCUUAUGUGAUUUUUUUUAUUGGAAUACUAAGAUGUAAUAGCUUAUACGUCCCUUACAUAGUUUAGAUUUUAAAUCAAAAAUUGAAGACACUGAAAACUGUUAGCGUACUAUGUUCCAGUCCAAAAACCGCAGGUCAGGUGUUGUUGUUUUUUUAAUUUGCAAGGAGCUUGUGCAUGAAGCACCCUUACUUUUGAGUGCAGUUUUUUAGCUAUGAAGGCACCCUUUGGCUGCUCUCUCAGCUUAAGGGAGACAUGGAGUAGGCAGAUUAAGGAGGUAUUUUGAUUUAAUGUUAGUUUUAACUUGUUUUAUUUUUCUUGUAUCUGUUUACUGUAUACGACUUAGAGACUGAAGUGUUAAGUGGUAUAUAAACUGGGGAAAUAAUAAUAUUAGAAAGCAUGAAUAGCUCUUCACAGAAAUAUAUAUGAUUUCUAGAGAAAAGCAUUAAUUAAAAUUGUAGUUUUAGAUCUAAAUAAUAUUGUAGGCAUUUCAGUUGCCCAGUCUGAUUUGUUAUAUUACUAACUGACUUCCUGAAAUAGACAUGGAUGUUGUUUUGCCAAAAAUAUAGCAAUGAAUUUUCUUCUAAAAAAGGAGCCCCCCCUUAAAUCACUGGUCCUUAUGCACAUACACCUAUUACACAUGCAGGAUCUAUUUAUAACCUGAAUGUAAGUAGUGGGUGGGAGCUGUUGCUAUGAUCCCACUUCCCUCCAUUCAAGUGUGCAUUCAUUAUCCUCAGCUUGUCAUCUGAAAAGGACUUACGGUUUGCAGUAGCCAUGAUUUGGAUGUCUCAGCAAAUUAAUACUGAGAGAGGUAACAGUGUUAAGUCUGUUGCAGCAAAAAAACAACAAAGACUCAUGUAGCUCCUCAAAAACUAUCAUAUAUAAUGGUAUAAGCUUUUGUGGACCAGAAUCCACUUUUAUCAGAUGGCAGUUAUCAUUUUCAUGAACUAGAGAGGAGGGAAUGCAUAAAUCUGAGGCCUAACCCUGCUGGGCAAACUGGUUUUUUCUUGAUAUCUAAAUCUCAGCCUAAAAUACUUUGUAGAAUUAUUAUGCUGAAAUUCUGCUUUGAGGCAGAUAAAAUCAGUGUUAAAAACUCAUAUAUUAUAAGAUAGGCAUCAAAUGGCUCCUUAAACCAAGGUUACAGUUGCUAAAACAGAAUGCCUAGUUGCCAUUUUUGGGUAAGACAGCUCUAAAGUUUAUUUUUUAAAUGAUGGACUGACUGUGAUUGAUUGUCAGUUAAGUACCUGAUAACAGCUAGAUUAAGAACUUGGAGAAUAUAAAGAAAACAGGCACUUGAUCCACGGACAGUCCAGUUAUAUAUUGGCCUAUUCCUACCUCUUUUUCUUAAUGGUGACAAAGACCAUCCAUAACGUAAGAAUAUUCUUCACAACUGAGAGUACAGCACUGGGGUGGGGUAAGUGAAAACAAGCUACAACAAGUAACUAUAAUGUUCAUUGCUCCUGCUCAGGCUGCAUAGGAAAAAAAACACAUUUUGGUUCCUGAAAUUCAUUCUGAUUGUGCAGAUAAAAAAUAACUGAUAGAAUUCUACGGGAUGUGGUAUUAGUGUUUGAAAACAGUCAAGAUACAAUGAUCUUCAGGCAUGCAUCUCCAGAUGGUGGAGAUGUCAGAUGUCAUCCUGGCGCCCAGGCGUCUUCACUUGGUCACAAGUGGCUGACAGCCAGGUGCAAAAUGUGCCUGGUUAGUUUCGAACACUGGAUAAAAUGUAACAGGAUGGCUAGAACUAGAAAAGAACGGAUGUUCCUGAUUUCAGGUUUCUCCAAAUACUUAAUUAUCUUUUGUUUCUCAUAUUUUUGUUUUUGCUCAGAAUGCUGAUUAGCAGUAUUUUACAGACCAGGGUUAGCCAGUAAGUUGUGACUUUGGAAGUGAAAACACUAAUUCCAGAGUAUCACAGCCUAAUAUAGCACUCCAGAUUUUCUUUUAAACUGUGGCAGCACACCUGACAUGUAUAGUUUUUCACAGAACAAAUAUAGUACUAGUUUCAGAGAAUUGCUUGUUGUUGAAAUUAUAAAGUGUCAAUAUGUAGAAAAGAGUUAAUCAUUAUGUUACUAUGUAAAAUCAUACUGACUUGCUUACAGAGUUAUUACAAUUAGAUCAUGCAUGUGAAGUGCUUUGACCACUUGAAAGUGCUAAACAAUUUUAAUAAUAAUAAUAAUAAUAAUAAUAAUAUUUUUUUAUUUAUACCCCGCCCUCCCCAGCCAAGGCCGGGCUCAGAGCGGCUUACAAGCAAUAAUAAAAACAAGAUGAAUGAUUACAACUUAAAAACAAAAAUAAAAUACAACAUUAAAAUAAUGGAACAUUAAAAUAUUAAAAUGUAGCCUCAUUGCAGGAGGAGAAGGAAAAGAAAAAAGAAAGAGAGAGAGGGAAUCAAAUUGGCUCCAAGCCAAAGGCCAGGUGGAACAACUCUGUCUUACAGGCCCUGCGGAAAGAAAUCAGAUCCUGCAGGGCCCUGGUCUCGUGAGGCAGAGCGUUCCACCUGGCCAGAGCCAGAGUUGAAAAGGCCCUGGCUCUGGUUGAAGCCAAUCUAACUUCCUUAGGGCCCGGGACCACUAGGGUGUUGUUAUUUAUGGACCUUGAGGCUCUCCGUGGGGCAUACCAGGAGAGGUGGUCCCGUAGGUACGAGGGUCCUAGGCCGUGAUGGGCUAAAAUACUAAAUCACUACAGUGCUCUGUGGAGCAGUAGUAGAGUUUUCCUUGCCUUUGAAAAUUUGACAAAUCUAAAGGUAUGUCUAAAGUAUGAUGACACCAUGUGCAGUUUAGUGGGGAAAGGGAGAAAUGUUAUUUAAGGGUUGGAGAAUUAAUAUUUAAAAGUUAAGAUGUGUAUAAGAGGGCUAAUAGUAAUCCUUAGUCUCACCCUACUUUUGCAGUUGAAGCUGAGCUCCUGCUUUAGGCCUCAAACAAAAGACCAAGAUAAUGUUCCCAACUGCAUUUUUUUUUUAAUGAUUUAUAAUAUUCUUAGCUAACUUUUGACAUCUGUCGUAUGAAGUAACUCACUAGAUCAAGGGCGGGAAACCUUUUUGGCCUUGUGGGCCAGAUUUUCAUCUAGUUCUCCUGCCACCUGUGGACCAAUAUUUGACAGUUGGGCUGGAACACACCUAUGAAUAAUCUGAUGUAAUAAUAUCAGGUUAUUGACAUGUUGGUUGCCCUGCCCACCUUCCAAAGUUGGCGCACCAUGGAGAUAGUAGCCAAACAGAAUUCAACUCAUCAUCAGCUGAUGGGCCAAGUGUUUCUGGAUAUCUUAAAACAUUUUCUCUUCAUUUUGAAUUUUUUAAAAUAAGGUUAAUGGGUGCUUCAGGUUCUGUUUUUAAUGUAAUAGACUAAACACUGGUUCUAAAUUUAUAAUCUCUUGAGGAUAAGCUCUUCAAUCGUCUAUGCACGGAGCAAAGGAAGAUAACGGUCAGCUUGGAUUUACAUUGUUUCUAAAUACUCAGUAGAUUACUAAAGCUUAAAUUCCUUUUGUAUUGAUGAGACAGUAGUCAAAAAUGCCAUGGAAAAAUCUGUAUUUGACUUUCACCUGUACAGUACUUGUCUUGUACUUGAUUGCCUCUCCUUUGUUCUGUGAUGCAGGGCUUGCUGGACCUCAAUUCCUGUAUGCAGGGCCAAAUGAAAUAAAACACACACACAUGCAGCAACCUAAUUUAAAAGUGGAAUACUUUGUUCUCUUGUUUUAUUUCUCCUCUUAACCUAUGAAACCCUGCAUUUUUUAAGAUACAGAUGUGUACAAUGAUAUGGAACAUAUACCAAUCCUUUAUUUUUCCAUGAAAAUUUUUCCAUUUCAUGAAUUCUUUAGUAAAAAUGAGUGGAUGCCAAUUGCAAAUACAAUAUUAGGUGAGCUUAUUAAAGUUUUCAGCUUUAUUUACAAGAUUAGAUCACUUUCUAGGGCAUCAGAAAAUUUUCUGAUACAAAUUACCUUAUGCUGGGAUUUCACAAAGAUGAAUAGUUCCUCCUUUGCUGCUGUUAACCCCUGUUCUUUCUAGUUAUUAGACCUAGUUCCAUUAGUUUGUAGUGGAAAUAAAUUACUUUCCUACCCUGUGCAUUGGAGCUUUUGUGGGUUGAGGCUUCUGUGUUACAGCCUAAGCAACAUUUUAAGAGAGGGGAAAGCUCAGUGAGACAUUUAUUUUCUGCAUUCAAAUUAUUAUACAUGGGAUGCAGUGGGGCAUAAGGGUUUGGUAAUAGGCUUUGACUUCAGUGUUGAGAUUUACUGCAGCAAAUAUUUUCAUUAAUUUAACAAAGUUAUUUGCCUUUGUUGGGAAUGCUAGUUAUGUAGCUUGUGAUGAAACUUCAUGGUACCCCAUCCCAUUUGUGAAGCCCUAUAAAGGGCCAGAAAAUAGCUUUGAGUUUGUUGUUAUGCUUGUCUUCCAUUGCUAAACAUAAGGUGCAAGAAAUGUCAUUCUCUGGUCCUCUGAGAAAUGGUCUCCCUCACGUCAUGUUGUUAAAAAGAUGCUCCAUGUGUAUGUUAGCGUGGGUGUGUUUCUAGAAAAUUCUUAAUUGAGAAAACUGGUAUUCAGUGUCUUCAGUGCGAUGCAUGGUGUUUGAUAUUAAUAUUGUGAAUAUUUAAUACUAAAUACAUUAUAUGACCUGAUGUAUAGGGAUCAACAAUUUUUGUCUACCUGUGCUAGGCAUGUCCAACAUUGUAGUCACCAGGAACUGAGUUGGUCCUGCAUAGGGACCAACCAGGAAAGUUUAUGCCUGUUUGGCUCAGUGUUAGAAACUGGGAUAGAAGGGACCUGGGUUGUGGGUGCCAGAACAGAAUGUCUAGUUGCCGGGUGUGUGUGUGUGUCAGUGACACUUUUUAUUUAUUAUUUUGAUAAGCAGGAGCUAAUAUGUAAUUCACAUAAGCGAAACAUUGUUAAUAUGACAUUUGUAGCAGAAAUUGUUAAUACAUGUCUAAAAUGGUGUUUAUAAUAAAAAUAUUGGUACCGUACUUUAGUUUUCAAAACACUCUUUAUUGUUAAACUCCUUAACAUAUUGUCUGUCCUUAACAUAUACUUUGAGGCUUCAAAGCACAUACAGUGGUACCUCUGGAUGCGAACGGGAUCCGUUCCGGAGCCCCGUUCGCAUCCUGAAGAGAACGCUACCCGCGUGUACGCGGGGCGCGAUUCGCCGCUUCUGCGCAUGUGCAUGAUGUCAUUUUGAGUGUCUGCGCAUGCGCAAGCGGCGAAACCCAGAAGUAACACAUUCCGAUACUUCCUGGUCGCCGCGGAGCGCAACCUGAAAACGCUCAACCUGAAGCAACUUUAACCUGAGGUAUGACUGUACAUUUCAAUAAUGCUUGAGUGUCAGCCAGUGAAAAAAAUGGCACCCAGUCUUUUUGAGGUGCUCACAAAUGGAGAAUCUUUAGGUGCAAAAUGUGCAUGGUGCCCUGCUAAUUUCGAACCCUGGUUUGACUGCUGCAAUGUGUGCUGGGUACCUCAGCAACUAAACAACCAAACAACUCCCCAUCCUUCUUCCCAGCAUUUGCAUUUGGAAGGGAGAUGGAAUUGCCAUGUAACUGCUGGGAUGAUGCUGGGAAGGGAGGAAAUCUGGUUGCUUGUCCUGUUUGGCAUAAAGUGGUAGCACAGUUGCCAUGGCAAACAUGGCAAAUAAAAAGUGGUAUUAUUUAUUAGUUUAUGUGUUGUUUUGUACACAUAUCCCACAUAGAGAAUCAUAGCACCAUGGGGAAAUGUUAAUACUUGAUUGCAAAAGGUAUUGGCCACUUGUUUGUUCUGCGAAUCAAAGACUGUUUUUUUUGUUUUGUUUUUAAUUAUAUAUAUAAAUAUAUUUGAUGAGGGAGUCAUGAAUCUACAUUUAUUUAGUGUAGCACCAGUGUUUGAAAUUAGCCAGGUGCAUUUUGCACCUGGCUAUUGGCCACUUGCAACCAAGUGAAGAUGCUUAGGCAUAUUUUUGUUACUGUAACCUUGGUUUCAGGAGCCAUUUGGCGCCUACCUUAUAUAUCUGAGUUUCUAACACUGUAUACUGCCCUUCAUCCAUAGAUCUCAGGGAGGUGGUUCACAACAUAAAAAUACAAUAUUGAAACAUGAAAUACAUAAUAAAAGCAAAAGAACAAAAGAAACCCACAAAGCAAUAAACCCCCUCCCCCUCAUCCCACAAACACAUUUAAAAGGUGUGUAAGAUGUAAAUCAGCCAACAGCCUGUAAAUCAGCCAUCUUGAGCAGCAUCCUUCUAUCUAGAAGGCUUCCAGCCUCUGUAGCUCAGGGUUACUAGGAUGCUGGCGAUUCCAGGCCACAGUCCUUACCUAGCUUGCAAAUAAUAGACCUGUUGCUCUGCCUUGAUUGGUAUGAAUAUUAAUCACUGGGCUUGCAAGGACAGUGUACACUGUAUAGGUUAGGGAGGAUUCUAUUGUGUGAAAAUAGUGAAGGUGUUCAUGGAUAGAAUGAUUUGCAUAGAUAAGAUUGCAGUAACUAUCGGGGUGUUUUUGAUUUGCUCUUUCAGAAUGUUCAUAUUAAAAUAACUGAUUAAAAUGCUGGAGGACUUUUCUAGAGUAACAGUUGUGAAUAAAAAAGAAAUCUUUUCCUAUAUUUUGAUGCAACUGUUCUGAAAACAAGAGAAUAAUUGUUGAAUCUCCUUACAAUUGUGUCUAUGAUGAAGCAUUUGGUGCUGUGGCGUUGCAAGUGAGAAGGAAUUGUGUUUGAACUCAGACAUUUUCCAGACAGCCUCCCACAUGUUGGCUGCAACUUAAAGCAUGAUUGGCAAAGAACAAGCAAAGGAAAAUGGUUGUCUUUCCUACAGCAAAACUUAACAAUUGCUCACCUGCUUGGUUAUUGUUUCAAGAUUAGAACUCUGGUUGUUGACAGAAUCUCAUGGUUGACUUUUAUAAUAACUUGAAUAUGUUGUGCAACUUCAUUGGGUGGGGGAAAAUAAUAAAAACAAGAAAUCAGUGUACUUAAAAGUUGAGUAAAGUUUCAUGUUAGAACAAAUGUAUUAAAUCUUAAUUGCCUUGCAGUCAUUCUUGCUCAUAUGGAAUCUCAUGCUAGUAUUGGCUACAGAGUCUAUUAGGACAUUGGAUGAGACUUGUUUUUGAGUUUGUUCCAUCAGCUGGAAACUACUUGCUCCUCAGUGUACUUAGGUAAUGAAUAACCCUGCUGACCACUGAAGUUCUUCACAAAAUUACCUUCAGUUUUUUGUCUAUAUUCAUUAAAGCACAGACCUAACACAAAUGUUUGCAUUCUGAUGGAUUGAGAGACUGUGGCUGUAGCAUCUACACCAGACACCCCCAAACUCGGCCCUCCAGAUGUUUUGGGACUACAAAACCCAUCAUCCCUAGCUAACAGGACCAGUGGUCAGGCAUGAUGGGAAUUGUAGUCCCAAAACAUCUGGAGAGCUGAGUUUGGGGAUGUCUGGUCUACACUUUUUACUUAGUUUGGGAAGUUCCAAAGGCUUGAUAUGAUUAAAAGAAAUCCCACAGUAUGCUACUUAGUAGAAGUAUCAUGUAAAAACCACAUAUAAUAAACCCUUUGCAUACAUGUUAACUCAGAGGUAAGCCACAUUGAGUUCAAUUGGAUUUGCUCCCAAGUAAGUACAUAGCAUUUCAGACUUGGGCAAGUAUACCAGUUGCAACCGUACAUGGACGGGGGGAGCCUGGCUUCAGUUGACCAUGCUGUGGUAGUCUCUGGAAUAGAGGCUGUAAUGUGCUUAACAUGGGACUGCCUUUAAAGACUGUUUAGAAACCAGUUAGUGCCGUGUGUCUUAAGAUUACUAACUGAGGCUAGACUUUAUGAUCACAUUAUGUCUGUCCUUUUCUGGGCCUAAUUUAAAGUGCUAGUUUUAACCUCUGAAAUACCAUCAUCUGGUGAGAGAACCAAACUUUUUCUGUUUUUUAACAUAGCAGUUGAAAUCAUUUUGCCUUUUGUGUUUUUCCACUUGCACUUUGCAUUUUUCUCCUAUUCAUGAUAGUGUCAUGUAGCAUUCUGAUGGGAACAAUGGUAUUGAUGGAGGAUGGAAUAUAAAUUGUAUGAAUGAAUACCUUUACAAUGCUAUAAUAUGAUUAUUGAUUGAUAUUUUUUUUAACUGUCAGGUGUAUUCCAUCACAUUGUCUGGAAAUGUAAACCUGACUGUGAAGAACUCCAUUUUCUGGAGAUAGCAUUUCAGAGUCAUAGAAGGCGUAUAACAUCUUCAAUUGCAUGUGAUCAAGCUAUUGAACAAAUGUGCCAUAAAGAUGCAGAAUGAAAAUGUGACUUGACUCUAAUAACUAUGGGGUGUCUGUCUUACAACAUCUUCAUUUCUUUAGAAAACCAUGCCAGCAAAAUGAUGCUCUGUACCAUUGCCACAGAAGAACAAAUUGCUUUGCAGGUUAGAAUGAACCACAUGUGUGCUUCUUCCCACCUUAGCCAGGGCUGACAUUUAAGGGAAGACAUAUUUGCUAUCACCUGGUUGACUAGAUGUCCAGCGACUGACAGUGUACCAAAGGCAGUGUGUACUGUAGCCUCAAGCAAAUGACUAAUCAAGCAUUGAAAUGUCCUGCUGUUGGGCAUUUUUGCCAUGAGUUAUAUAAAUAGAGAUGUGUGAGAACCUUUGACAGAAAACAGAGAAUCACAGAAUUCAUAAAGUGAUAUGUGUGAUGAGACUGACUGUAGUAUGAUGAUUUGAGUUAAGAGCAGAGAUGGGCAGUGUUAUCUUGGCUAGACUGAGAGCAGCUAGAAGGGUUGCUGAAGCUGAAACAAUAGACAUGAUCAGUCAUUGGAGGAAAGACUACUGGAUGCCCCAGUGGUAUUUUAAGCCAUCAUUGGGAUCUAUUGGAAGGGCGAGAUAUGAAUUCCUGUAAUAGAUAAUGACAGAAUGCAGUAAAAUGAUCAGAGAGUUUUCAUUGAACUUGAUAACUAACAGAUAUCUAUUUUUAGGAUGCCAUGGUAAUUGCCUUAGAUAAUUAGCUGUCCCUUCAUGUUUUUGUCCAUUCCUAUUUUGUUAGAAAUUAAAACAUCUGUUGAGAAAGUACAGCAUGAUCUGUAAGCCUGUGUUAUGUGCUAUAUUUGUUCACUAGCUUUGUGUACGCUAUUUCUCUAUAAUGUCGCCAGUCAGCUAACAAACACUAUUUCCCCAUGAAAACAGAUGCAGUUGUCAUUAUUUCAAAAUGCAGUUACUGUUAAUCAGGUGCCUAACCUGUGGCUUGCAUUUGCCCCUUCUAAGAAGUUUUUUGUGGCCUUUAAGAUUUUGCCUCCUUCGCUCCCAUUCUAGCUAUAUCAGAUUGCCAGUGUCUGACUUCCACUGAAAAGAACUCUGUCCUGAAGAAGUCAGUUGCAAGAAUAGACAGUAAAAACCACCAAAAUAUUUUUAACUGUACUGACAGGAUGGGCUUAGCACAAAUGCUAGGUUUUGGUGUGUGCAUAUGGUAACCAGAGCUUUGUGAAAACAUAUUGUAAUUGUAUCCUUAAAGUGAAAAGCCACUGGAGAAAGUUUGUGUGUUUGUACUUUCUUCUCCCAGUAAUUCAUUUUAAAACAUAGGCUGGCUUCAUUGUGUAUUUCACCCUAAGCAAUAGGAAUAGUUAUGGAAAAGGGUGGUACGUUAGGCUAACGCUGACUUGUAAGUAGCCACUUACUUGUCUUUGGCUACCCGAUGAGUCCCCAUUCUAGUUCUAAAAAGCUACUGGCUCUUUAAGACUAAAAGUCUGCAUCUUAGGUAGAUCGUGUCUCUCUGGAAAUACCCCUGGGCCCCUUCACAUUGGAGUUCACUACUUCCAGCUACAGCUCAAAGAUUUAAAAAGUCAGCCCCUCUCCCUCUAUGACAGUGGAAUGGGUAAGGGGGAACUCAAAGGCUUGUAGCUGCAUGAGCACCUUCUUGUGUGCUCCAUUGCUAUCCUUUCCCCUUCUACAGAUAGAAAAAAGGGACUGUGCACCACAUGGGAAAAAUACAGUGGUACCUCAGGUUACAUACGCUUCAGGUUACAUACGCUUCAGGUUACAGACUCCGCUAACCCAGAAAUAAUGCUUCAGGUUAAGAACUUUGCUUCAGGGUGAGAACAGAAAUUGUGCUCCGGCAUCGCAGCAGCAGCAGGAGGAGGCCCCAUUAGCUAAAGUGGUGCUUCAGGUUAAGAACAGUUUCAGGUUAAGUACAGGCCUCCGGAACGAAUUAAGUACUUAACCCGAGGUAUCCCAGUGUACUCAGAUGGCUGUUAGCCCAGGAGUAGAGCCUGGUUACCCAAGCACUUGACAAAUGGAUAUGCUCCUGCUGCAUUUUCUGAAACUUUUUGCCUUCUGGCACCACUCCUUCCAUGAGUACAAAAAGUGCAGGAUGAGACAGAGCACUGAGUUGUAUUUGCAUCAUUUGCCUGAUGUGACAGAUAUUUAAGUGAAAUUGAGAUUGUGAUCUAGCUGAUUGAGGGUUGUGGUUGAGGCUGAUGGGUGUGUAGAAGCAGCAACAGGGGUGCCUGAUGUGGCAACUGUCUUGGCUCUGCUCUCUCGUUUUCCUAGCAGGGUGGUGGUUGGAGUCUCAUCUGGACUACAGAAAUGUAGCCAUUGCAGGAGAGCAGGAGAAAGACAGGGAGCUUGAAGACCUAACCAUAGAUCAUGGUGGCUAUAGCAUCUUUCUGAAGGACAUUCUAGCUGUUGGGCUUGAUGUCUGCCUGCCUGCCUGCUUGCAGUUUUUCCUUUGCUGUAGUGGUUGGAUUAUUGUGCCAGGUGAGGUGAGGGAAGGGAUGAGAGUCUUUUGGGGCAUAGUGAACAACAUUUGAGCCUUGCCCCGCAUAGCCCUUGAAGGUAUAAGGACUCUUACAGGUUUCUAGAGUCCUUCUGCCUCCUUCCCAAAGUGCUUUCCCAGCUUUGGGAAGGAGAUGGGAAGACUCCAGGACUCUGCCAGAGCCUCACACCUCCUUCCCAAAGCCCAGCACCUCGCAUAGCUGAUUUUGGGAAGGCAGCAUGAAGGCUGGGGUGUAUAUCAAAUGUUGGCCUUUCCUCUUCCUGUGACAAGGCAGUGUGUGGCCCACAGGUCCCAUGUCGAAGUACUCUUGAGGUCCACUUGAUAUGAAAAGUUGGACUGCCCUGAUUUAAGUAUUUAUAAUAUUUAUUUCCCACUUUUGGCAGCUCACUUGUAACAAAGCCCAAAGCCUUCAUUUAUGCUUGCGCAUUGGAUUUACUGUCCACAGUACUUUCCACAUAUUCCUAGUGUGUAAGUGUGUGUGUAACUGGAUUUUCUUAUAGUUGCUUCUUGCUGUGCAUCUCUCUCCCUUCUUUGUUGUCCUUCUCACUGUCAAAGCAUAGAUGGGCACCUGCUGUUUUGCUGUUAUACUUGUAAAGCACAACACACAUUAAUGAUGCUGGGUAUAUAGAAACAGUUCUAAGGUGAUGUAGUAAAUACUGUAUGGAAAAUCUUCAUCAGGGAUGGGGGGACCUGUGUCUGGUCUCCAGAUAUUAAUUGGGACUCCAACUUCUAUCAGCCCCAGCCUGCAUGGUGAGUGGUCGGGUGAUAGGAGUGGAGUCAAUCAGCAAGGACAAGGCUACAAGUCCACCACUACACUAAUACAGUCAACAACUAUUUUGUGCAGGAGUUCUGUUCCUGGCCCCUGUGUGCGUUGGAGGAGCAUGUAUAAGUGUAUUCAGCUACAUUCAGCCCUUCCCCCUUUCCCCCUGCCAUGCCCCCAUUCCACCCUUUUUGUGAAAUGUUGAGUGAUGUUUUUGGGUUACUACAGCACUGUGCGUGUGUGCGCAAUCAUGUGUCUUUUGGAUGAACGUUAAUUGGUCGUUGCCUGUACAAUAAUUUCCCAUGUCUCAAGUUAACCCAUAGUAAUCAUUUAAGUGAGAAUGUUCUGCUCAAAUGACUUUUAAUGCAAGUACCAAUAGAGGUGGGUUGUGUAUACAGAGACGUGCAUAAGAGUCCUUCAGCUGGAUCCAACCAAAGGGGUCCAAGCCAGCGGGCACUCUUGUUCUCACAGUGGCCAACCAGAAGCCCGUGGGAAACCUGCAAAUGUAUAAUUGUAAUUUAUUUAAUUUUUGCUACAUGGGGCUCCCCCCGCCCCAUGUGGGUUUGUAGGAUUAAUUACUUUGCUAUUCUUAGAAUAUGGCUUUGGGUGCAUGAGCCACAGCAUGACGAAACUUCUGGUUUGUCUGGUUUUAACUUGCUUUGUUUUAUUUUAUUGUUGUUGUGAUUUUGGAAUUUUAUAGCUGCCUUGUGGGAUCAUCCUUGUGGCCAAAAUGUGGGACAAAAAUGUGGGGUGGAGGGGGGGGGUGGAGAGGGAGAAUAGCAAAUGGGAUACUCCAGGACUUCUAUGAAAGAACCAACUUGCCUGGAUAGCCAGGAUAGAGCUGCUAAUGGAUAUCGAAAAUGUAAGACAUUCUGAGACUUGCCUCCUCGUUCAGUUUUGUUUGCUUUGAGAUGAAAAAUUUUGUGGGAUCUUCUCCCCAGUCCCCAAACUAUGCUUUGCAGAAUAUAGCAGAUCUGCAGAGUUUGACAACUGUUACCAAAACCUGGAAACUGUUUUCAUUAAAAAAACCAAAACAAAAUGUUUCAUGAUUUCAGAGAGAUGCUUGGAAACAAAUGAACAAUAUCUGCAAAAUAGUUAAUUUUUAGAGAAGUGGUGGAACUUCUUAACCCCUUUGAUGCUGUUGGUCCACUUAACCUCUCAGGCUGCUAUCACAAUGGGCUGCAAAACCUUUCCCCCUCAAAUUGCCCUUAUUUGCAUAGGAUUUCCCCCCCUCCCCUAGUUUAUUUAUUUGUAAUAGAAAACCACUUGUGACACUCAGUCACAGAUUUCAACAGAUUUGCCGCAGGGCUGCCAGUUACUAUCCCCUGUGUGGUGGUUUGGAUGUUUCGUGCUAGUAAGGGCCAGGAUGAGUACUGAUAGUUCUGUGUGUCCAAGGGGGAAUUUGGAAAUUGAUAUUUACCAAUGUGGCAAACAAGUAAGUAACCACUUGCUCAGUUGGCUGUUUUUCCUCUAGUUGAGUAGGCAUGGAAACAUUUGUAAAUGAGAGAAGUGUUUGUUUUGUUUCCCCCUACAAUUCAGGCCAUCAGUAAAAAUGUUUGUGGGCUAGAAACUUCAGUGAACUUAUUUGUAAGGCUGUAACAUGGUUUAAUUUGUUCUGGAAGCGCUCUCUCGCCCCCCACCUAACUAGCUAACUGGCUAGCUAUUUGACCCUAGCAGCUGCUCUUUCUCUGCCUACCAUUCAUUCUGACAUUGUCCAUUUGCAUUGUGCACUGCUAGAAAGGUCGAGUUGGAAUGUCUGGAAGGACAUAUUUUUCACGUUGGAAAACUUUGGAGCCAUGUAGCUGUGCAGUGUGAGAAGCAGAGUCAUUCUUGGAAUUGUUCUGUAGGUAAAGAUCUGUGGAGCUGUCUGUGACAGGCUAGAGAGCUAACUGCUUGGUUUGUUGUUGUGUAGACAAGAAUGAGGUCAUUGUAAAACAUGGGAGGCUGACACCCAGAGCUGUUGCAGAACAGUGCUUGUUGUGUGCUUCUGGGCAUGCCCUUUGCGGGGGCUGUGUAGCACUCUCCCCCCUUCUGUCAUUAGCAAGUCACCAUCAUCCAGGGGGUCUUCCCUGGGAUAGAGCAGCACAUUGUGAACUUCUCUUUUCACUGUUCAGCUAUUCUUUGCCCAGGCAGCCAUUGGUGACACCUUUUAGGGAGAAACACUUAAUAUUUAGGGUGGGAGUACUAUUUAGGGUGGGAGGAGAGGAAUACAUUAAAACUCUUAUAAGGUCACAGAACAUUUUUUACAAAGUAGCUAACAGAGUUUGUAACACCAGAGGUGGGCAGACAUUAGACUUUAGUCUUCUCUACGCUUAACUAGAAUCCUGUUUCAUGUAGGUAGCUGUUUUGGUCUGACGCAGUCGAAAUAUAUAUAAAAAUAAAAAAAUUGUCUAGUAGCCCUUAGAGACCAACUAAGUUUGUUGGUCUCUAAGGUGCUACUGGACAUUUUUUAUAUAUAUUUAGAAUCCUGUUGUUCACCAAUCUGCGUGUUCAUAUGCAAAGGAAACAUAAAUACUCAUGAUCACUGAACAUACACUAGCUAUGCCUUAAUUGUUAACAGACCCUGAGAUUGCCCUCUCGCUUAAGAAAAGAGUGUUCUUCAAGCACCUGGGGAGCCCCAGCAAAAGCAGAAUCUUCGUAAUGUGACAAAACAUCAAGGUGUAAUAAGUGAGUUAGGCACCCCUGUGAGAAGGUAACUAUUAUAUAGUAAUUUAUUAAAACAUUAGGUGAAACUGAAGCAAUUCCACAGGGAAGGUGUCGUUCCAGCAGGUAAAUCCCAGGUGUGUGUGUGUGUGGAUAAUCCCAUAAAAAAUUACAACUCGGGAGCUGAAUUUUAGUUGCAAAAUUGUUGUAGAUAGUUCCAUAAUUGCAGUCUUGAGCGCCUGCAGCUACCAGAAAUCUAGAUUAAAUUUAAUUUUGAAGAUUAGGGUAAAAACAGUGUAUAAUUCUACAGUGCAAACCUAGCUAGUGGAAAAGCCAGUUUAUAAUAAAAACAUGCAGGUUUAGCUUUCUGUUCAAGCUCAGUGUUUGUUUGAGUUAUUAAGUGCAGCAUGGAAACUUGAGUGUAUGCCUCAGUCCAAGUUAAAAGUUCAACUUUUAGUUCAGGUUUUUUCCCUGUUUUAAAAAACAACCUAGAGUGUAACUUACAAAAAUUUGCAUUGAGGCAUGUUUUAGAGGGAUUUGGAUCAUAGCAUUCCCAGAAAGGGCCUUAACUGCCCACAUUCUCACCUUAAUCCCCAUUAAAUCACCACCCACUGUCCACCUCUGACAAAACUUUACAUUCACAGUGACUGAACUGACUUAAUUGCGUCUUCUGAAUUUCUACUCAUUUCAUUUCCGUAUAUGAGCCCCUCAAUCUUACUACAGUACUAGGUGGGGAAAGCUAGCCAUGGCUAUAUGUUUAUGGUAAGGUAGCAAGAGAGCCAACUGUGCAAGUACAAAGAGACCUCAUUCUUCAUUUGUGUGGAGAGUCCCAGCUGAAGCACUGUGUUAGCUUAAGUGACAAAGUGUCUUGGUAAUAAGCAAGUAAGGCACCUGUGCAAGUUCAGCAACAUGUGGAAGAGGCAGGGUAGUUAAUGCUCCCCCUUAUUGAUCUGCACAAUCAAAAGUUUUUAAAUAAACUAACUCAAUAAAUAAAAACAACAGGUAUGCAGGUAGAAAGCCAGCAGGAAGGGGGGGGGGCUAUGCAGUAUGUUCUAAAGAAUGUUGCAUGUCUGCUGAACAGAAGUUGUUUAACCAAUGGGUUUGUUUUCCUUGUCAUUGCUUAUCAAUCUGUAAUAUACAUUUUUUAUUGUAAACACAGUAAUCCUUACUAUUGUGGCUCUUGCAGGGUGAUUGCAACCAUCCUAUGCUUUCUCUCUUGAGUGUCUGCCUAAGAGAAAUAAACAAGCAAGCGUACUUUGUCAUUCCUUGCUGUGCCUGCUCCUGCAUUCACUUAGGCAACCCAUCAAUUCAUCAACAGCCCAGGUUGCCUCAGUCAUUAUCUCCUGCUAAGCUAGUUCUUUUCCAGCUCACAGAAGGCUGUGUGUUUCCAGGGGCUCAGCCUCUUCCUGAUAACUCCCUUCUGCUGACAGGUGAGGCUUAAUCAGGCUUCUUUCCCAUGUAGUUACAGAGAAAAGAAGGUUAUCAGGUCACCCUGCUGAGAACCCAUGAUGUAAUUUCACCACAGUGGUUUCCAAACAAGUAGCUUAGCACAUACUUCUGAAGCUUGGCAUUAUGUCUACUGUAUAUUUUGAAUCAACGGUAUGUAAUAAACAUGCUGCACUUGCAUUACUGCUGUGUAUGAGAAUUUAUUUUAUUGCUGUUCAUUUCUUUGGAAUUAAUGUGUCACUCUGGCAGCCCUGAUGUUGUUGGCUCAGUCGUCAGAUGUUUGGGUACUUAGAACCGAAACACAUGUGUACACAUGGGCCUUGUAUUGUGCAAGAGAAGCUUAGGCUUAAUGUGGAGCUCCUCUGGUCAAACGGGUUACCUUGCUGUAUUAUGCAUGUGAGAGAACUGAUCCCUAUAACCUAAGUACUAGAUACCUAGAUUUAACAAGCAGGCAGGCAUUCUGUCAGCAGCCUCCUGCCUAGAGUGGAAUGUGUGCUGAUGUGACUUAGAAAUUCCUGUGCUUGGGUCUUGUACCAAGUGAUACGGAGAUGGUAUUGGUGACUGGUAGUCCUUUUUAUGUAGGUGGGAACAAGUAAUCUUAUCCAAAAACCGUUCAGAUUUCCGGUCAUAAAUUGUAACUUGGCAUCGUUCCCUCUUCCCCCAGCUUCAGGUUUGUGGGUUGUAUCCAAAGCUAGUCCUAUUCAGACUUAGACUAAUUGAAAUCUUGCUUGUUAGUUGCAGGAGCUGCUGUUGCUUGUUCUUCUUCCCUUCUGUGCCUGAAGGUGGACCAGAAUAGUUCACAUGGCUAUGUCCUGGCCUCAGGCCACAAGGCUUCUCCUGUAAAUCCUGCCCCCACCUUUUAUUUGAGUUUGCUUCUCUGGAAUUAAAACAAAGUGCCUCUGGGUUAUCUGUCUUUGGUGAUAAUCCAGUCAUGUGAGUGGGUGAACAAUGAGAAAAUGAGUAAAUUCCCGGCUUGUUUAACUUACUGUUGUGUUUAGACAAGUGUUUGGGUUUGUGAUAAUUUAAAAACUGAACAAAUGUUUAUCAGUUUGGUUCUAUAAUAAUAUACUGUACCUCUCUGUCUUCCUUUCCAGGGCUUACUCCCUUGUGGAUUCCAGUCAAGUAUCUACGUUCCUAAUUUCUAUUCUCCUCAUAGUUUAUGGUAGCUUCAGGUACGAUUAUUUUCUUUGGUAUAUAUAACAACCCCGCCCCCAAAAGAAAAGUCAUGAAUUGCUGGCCGUAUGUUGAUGCAAUGUUCCCUAAAGGUAAUCUUGUAGAACCAUAAUAUAUUAGGUAUAUUCUAUGUACCUAAAGGGGGUGGAAAUGGUAGGUGAAGCAACAUUCAGUUUGAUCAUGACUUGCUAAAGCUGUAUUUUAAAGAAAAAAUGAACAUUUUGCCAGUUCUCAUCCUGGAGCAUGGAGGCUUGCUUUAUAGAUACACAUCACUUUCAUUCUGGAAGGUUUAAGAUUGUUUAGGGGGAUGGAGUGACAUGUUUUUUGAAUAAUUUGGUGGACGGAUCCAGAAGGGAAGCAUCCAGAGCUGCCAGGCAAGACUGGGUUGAGUUUUUUUUACAAAAUUACUGAAAGCAUUUUGAAUUUGCUAUUCUUUUUCAAGGCAAUUUCAUGUGAGUGCAGAUGCAUCAUCUCCACCUUUGGUUGUUGGAUGACUGUCAACUGGGGGAGUGGGGGAGAGACUCUUGGGACAAGCGACUCACUCCAUCCUUGAAUGUUCAAUGCUUGCUUUGGACUCGACUAAGCACUUUACUUCAUGGAAUCAUGUUCUUGACUCCACUUCUGACGGUCUAUAGAUUUGAAGGAUACAAAUCUUACAAUUUAAAUAAAGAAAUGAAUAAAUAAUCUGUUUAGACUUCCCUUCUCUUUGCUUUUAGAUAUCUGUUGAUGUUUUUAUUUCAGCAGGCCUUUAACGUUCUGCUGAAUUCAAUGGUUUUUCUCCCCCUUUUGACUUCUGCUUCUAAGCUUGUUCUUACGUUUGCUGCUUUUAAGGUUUUGUUGCAGCUGUUUAUACAUUGCCUUUGUAAUUUUUUCUGCUUACUGUUUCAUGUUUGUAAGCUGUUCUGAAUGUUCUCCAGAAAAGUAGGGGGGGUAUAACUUUUGGGCAGCCUCUUAGUAACACUCAUUAAAUUUUGCGUUAAAUUAUAUCAAAGCUAUGUAUUAAAUUUCAAUAACCACUUCAAAUAUAAAAUAGAAGGUUUACAUGUAUUCUUUUGUCUGUAGGUCCCUUAACAUGGACUUUGAGAAUCAAGACAAAGAAAAGGACAGCAGCAGCUCAUCUGGGCCCUUCAAUGGCAACAGCACAAAUAACAGUAAGAACUUCUUGCUCCAUAAGCUGAGGAUGCAGAACUUGGACUGACCUUGGUCUUGCAGGCUUGUGAUUGAGGCCAUCCUAUCCACUGUUGGAACAGGGCUACCCCUCCUGGGUGUGAACCACAUAACAUGGCUGUCCUGUACAAGCCCUGCCAAAUUGAAGGGUGGAUAAUUGAUUACAAAGUCUUGUAAUAAUUCAUUUUGUUUUGCAUUGUUGACUUGAAGUUCAACAUUGCACUGUGUAUGUGCUGUAGAUGAGUGGUUCUGUCAUUGGUGCCUGUAGUAUAAAGUUUUGUUUGAGACAGGUAAUGCUAAACUGGUCAAAGCUGGGCAAAGCUACCUCCUUUAGUUCUGAGGCACAUUUGUCUUUCUUUACCUGCUGUUCUACUCCAUUAAUCAGUCAUCUGAUGAGUCACAGAUUUUCCCCCUUCACAAGCACACACGUUUUUUCCACUUCAGUACAGUAUACAAUAUUAUAUCUAGUUUUCCAUGCAAGAUACACUGUGUCCUUUUUCUGCUUCUCCAAUUUCCAUUGCCUUUUCUUUAGAGUAGAGACCAAUAAUGCAAUCCUAUGCAACUUUACUCUGCAGCAAGACUCACUGUGGAGCUUAUGCCCGAUUUAAACAUGUCUGGGAGGUACAUGUAAGCGCAUCUGAUGCAGGCAAGACCCAAUCUGUGUAUUUGAUGAACACUGACAGUAUGCUUUGAGGGUGGGUGGGGUGGUCAGCUCCUUGCCCUCCCGGUUAUCUCAGUUUGCUACUUGGUGUUACCGAGAAAGAGAAGGUGAGCAAGUGUGUAGAGGGUGGAUUCUGCGCACAUCCGCGUGCGCUCCCCCCCUCUAUCUCUCUUUGGGUGGCAUGGUGGAGCGUAUUAUUAGGAUCGCAGAAGGAAGGGGGCAGAAUUUUUUCCUUUCCUCUCCUGCCACAAUCCUGACAAAAAUUUCUCCUUUGCAGCUGCAGUUUGCAUUGAGAGGAGAGCUCCCCUUGGCACCCUGAGGCAAUUUUCUCCCAGUGCAAAUAGCAGCUUUGGGACUGCAGCAAGAAAGGAAAUGGUUUAACUCCACUGCCUGUUGCAAUCUCUGAUUAUUAUCAGCUCCCCUCCUCACAAAGCACGGGCACACCAACUGCAAAAGUAUAUAUAACAUCAUGCCUAGUUAGGCCUAAGCUUUGGUUGUAAAGGGGGAGGGGUGAACUUCAGGUAGGAAUGCACCUGAACGUUACAUGUGUGCCAUGUGAUGCCAAAUAACAAAUGUUUCCUUUCCUUUAAAAACUAAUAAAAUAAAAUUCCUGCAGGUAUCCAGACCAUUGAUUCAACACAGGCGUUGUUCCUUCCCAUUGGGGCAUCUGUGUCUCUCUUAGUCAUGUUCUUCUUCUUCGACUCGGUUCAAGUUGUCUUUACAAUAUGUACAGCAGGUAACUGCCUUCUCUUCACUUUCCCCCAUCUUACAUAGGGACUCAUUGUUGCUGGAAAUUGACACAGUUUUGAGGAUAUAUGAAGAAACUGCUUGUAGAAAUACUGGUGGUUUCCUUCUAUUUUUGUAUAUAACAGCUAGAAACUACCUGUCAAUGUAUAUAAAGUCAGGCACAUAGAGGCUGCAGUGUUUUGUCCAUUACUUGCUUUAAUAUUUUUUUUCUCUGUUACAACUUUCUCCACUUUAGCUGAGCAGCAGAUUUUUAAAAACAAGUCUUGUUAAACGUACUUGCAAAAUCACAGGCAUCUUGGAUCCUCUUAGAGGCACUUCCUCCUUUUUCUCACAGGGGCAUAAAUCUUCCAAGAUGGUGCCUUUUGGUGCAUCCUAUAAACAGAGUAUGGUGUGGGGUUUUCUCCAGAACUAUUGUGUUUGUUCAUAAUGCAGGUUUCAUUGGUCAGCUUCCUGCCCUACAAUGGCUUUUGUGAUGAGCAGUGGCUAAAAAUAUUUUAAAUAAAUAAACUGGUAGUCCCAUGCACAUUUGCAUAGAAAUUCCAUUAAGAUUGGUUGAACUUCCUUCACAGGAAAUAGAAAUGGGCAUAUUGAUAAGAGAUGAUUGAUGAUUUAACAACAAUUCAUUCUAAGAAAUGAUUGAAUUCUCUACCACAGGGUUUAGUAAGGGCCACCAGCUUGAAUGGUUUUAAAAAUGGAUUAAACAAAUUCUUGGAGGAUUUACAGUGGUACCUCGGGUUAAGUACUUAAUUCGUUCCAGAGGUCCGUUCUUAACCUGAAACUGUUCUUAACCUGAAGCACCACUUUAUCUAAUGGGGCCUCCUGCAGCUGCCGCGCUGCCGGAGCAUGAUUUCUGUUCUCAUGCUGAAGCAAAGUUCUUAACCCGAGGUACUAAUUCGGGGUUAGUGGAGUCUGUAACCUGAAGCGUAUGUAGCCUGAAGCGUAUGUAACCCGUGAUACCACUGUAUUUAAUAAACUCAAGUUGCUGAUUCAAAUGUCAGUGUCCGUAAUAGACUUUAACUUAUAUUUCUCUUGAUGUGAUCUGUCAAGCUAUCAGAUUUGGUAGGUAGUUACCUGGAGAGGAGCCUUCUCAGUGGUGGUGCCCUCCCAGUAGAAUCCUCUGCCUAGGGAGGCUCACCCCAGUACCUCCUCUAUUAGAGGAUUUUAAGCAGAAACUAGAUGUUAAUUUAGGGGUUUGUAGGAGUGGGGUUUUUUUGCACUUUGGCAAAUGGUUGGACUAGAGCAGGCACGUCCAACAGGUAGAAAAGAUAGACCGUGAUCUACCAGGAGAUCACUGGACUUCUGCGGUAGAUCACUGCCCCCCGCAAAGAAGCUCCAAAAAUCCCUUAAAAAAGCUCAACAACUUUGACCUGAACCCCCCAAAAGUGGGUAGAUCACUGCUAGUUUUUAACUCUGUGAGUAGAUCACAGUCUCUUGGGAGUUGGCCACCCCUGGACUAGAGGAUGUUGAAGCCACUUCCAGCUUAAUGAUUCCAACUCAUUUUUGCACCAGACAAAGAGAGUUUUAUUUUCCCAUGCUUUUUAUCUUGCCUCUUUUAUCUCUGCUGAUUGCUUUUACACUCUUUUGUAUUUGUUUUAUUUCUGCUAUCGUGUUAAUGUUUUUGUCUUUACAUUUGCCUCCUCCUCUGUAAUUUGAAUUAUUUGCAAGUCACCCUGAGAACCUGUUGAGAGGUGCGGUAUAAAUUCAUGAGAAGGUUAAUUAAAAAGAGAACUGCAGAAUUCUCCAAAGCCAAUGGGCACAUUCUUCUGAGAAGUUCUCCUGUAGAAUACCCAUUUAAAUAAAUGCCAUGCAAGGGGCCAGAGCCCUGUUUGUUUCAGUGGGAUUUGCAUGGGAGGACUUCCUGCAGGAUUGUGCUCAAUAUGUGGUGAUGCAUUUAGAUGUUUGCAACAGUUAAAUAUUACCCAUGGAAAUUAGUCUCUGCGUUCCACAUCUUUGGCCCACUGACAAAAAUGUGGCAUUUCAGAAGAGUUUCCUAGCCAGACUUAAAUGUUUUGGGUCAGUCUUUUGACCAAAGCAUUCUGUGUGGGCUCUCCCCACCUUAGGAACAUACUAGUUUCAUGAUUAUAAUUUACUGAUAAAUUGCUUGGACUUCAGAUGUUUUCCAGCAAAAUGCAAAAAGCCCUUCACAGACGUUUUAAUUAAAGUUCAACUUGUGUUUUGGCCACAGAUUUUUUUUUUCUUCACAUCCUUGGCCACAGAUGUUGACAUGUGUUAGUUUUCUGUGCUUGUCUUGGAGUUUUUGCAACAUUGGUCUGUAUUAACGUUUUCUUUCUCUCUCUCUCCAUUUCUCCAGUUCUCGCAACAAUAGCCUUUGCUUUCCUUCUGCUCCCAAUGUGCCAGUAUUUAACACGACCUUGUUCACCUCAAAACAAGUAAGGAAGGUUGUUAUUUUUUUGUUCUGUGCAGUGCAAAGAACCUGUUGUUGAUUCAACAAGAUGGGCCUCUCUGUUGUUGGUAGAGCUUUUGGCUCUGAGAAGAAGUUCAAAUACAGUCCUGCCCCUGCUUUCCACGCCUGUGUUUAUAAUGCACAAAGAGGGUAUUGCAGAGUUCUUCUGCGGUGAGCUCUAAACAGGGCUGACCCACAUUUGAUACCUCCCCACAGUUAAUGUGAGGCACGCUCUCCUGGGAAGUUCUCCUGCACAAAUAGCACUGGAACGAAGAGGAGCUUGCACAACUUUCCUUCAUCUCAAGGCUUUCAUAUUCAGAAGAGCAUCCAAGCAGACUUUGCCUUGGGAGUCACAGCUGCCUAAUUCCCACUCGCCUGCUCAUGGUGGCUUGAGACAGCUGCUUCCCCCAGGUCUUGAGGACAAUGUGUUGCUCCCACCCCUGCAAGGCUCCUGCUUUUGAUCUUAUAGCAGAAGGGGUGGGGGCAAAAGUGUCACACACACUACUUCUCUUUUUACGGCCGCUUCUCAGGAAUCACCACUUCGCCGUGCCAAAACUGAUGUAUAUGGUUAUAGGCAGAAAUAAUGACCUGUUUGGAUUGACGCCAGUAGGGUUGGUUCAUAGUGGUGGUACUUUUGUAGCUUGGGGACAGAAACACAGUUGAAAUUCAUUUUUUUGCAGGGGGAGGGAAGAAUUCUGGUCACAAGCACUGGCUCUAGAGAUCAUAGGGAACGUUUAAAAAAAGUCCAGCUUUUAUGACAGCUUUGGAAUAAUGUCUUCUGAAAGCUGUAUCUUAAAAUGACACCCCCCCAUCCCCAAAUUGGCAUGAAGGGGUAGAACACUUCUGACACCCUCUCAGCAGAAAGCCCAAGAAUAGAGUAGCCAAAAUAACCCUUUCAUCUAAUUUUAGGAUCUUGGCAAAUGAGUCAGGUUUGUGGGGGAGAUCCUUGAGAUCAUGCCUUCAGCACCUUUCCUUUGACAAAAGCCUUGUCACUAGGGCAUUUCUGGUGCUCUUGAACCCAGUCCAAAUAAGAGCCGCAAGAGAUCCCCCCUCCCACCUCCUUCUCGCUACAUACCAGAGAAGAGCCUUCAUUGUUUUUGUGUUUCUGGUGGUGUUUUCCAGGAUUUCUUUUGGCUGCUGUGGGCGUUUUACAGCUGCUGAGCUGCUCUCUUUCUCCCUCUCUGUGAUGCUUGUCCUUAUCUGGGUCCUAACUGGUCACUGGCUCCUCAUGGACGGUAAGUGCUGCUGAAUAUGUGGAUCUGGUUACUUGCUUAUAAUAGUGACAGGUUGAAAAAUUGUUAGUGGAAACUUUUCUUGCAUUCUUUACUCAAAAUGAACUCUAUACUUGCCAUGGAAAUGUGUGUGUGCAUUGUGUAAGGCAGUUUUUUCCAAGUAGUGUGGCAAGAGAGAUUAAUAAACUGAAGGUCCCUUUGAACACAAAGUCCCCAUCCAGAGAGUAUGCUGUUGUUGUGCCUCUGCCUGAUUCACUGCUUUUUCAUUUGACUGCAUGGGAUGUGAUGAAUCCUAAAAUCUUGGAAGGCACCCAAAGGUCAUCUAAUCCAACCUCCUUCAGUGCAGGAAUCUCUGCUGAAACAUCCAUAUAGAAUAAGAGAAUCUUACGAGUAAUCAUAGAAUCUUGAUCAUUCAAUUGCUCUUGAUGCAGGCAGGCAGCAGAAUGGUCCACCCUUAGAGGAGACUGCCUGUUGUAUGUCAGCAGCAGAAACUGUUCAGGGUUGGAAAGAAGCAGGCAGAAACAUGGAGAUCUGUACUAUGACAUAAUUUUAGUGACUUUCAUAUAAAGCAAAUAUAUAAGGAGGAGUGAAGUUCUUCCACUUUUAAUUUAGAAAAAAGGGGGUGUCCAAGCUAUCAGAAGCUCAGAAAAAGCUCACACAAUUACUGUGAGCCAAAGAAAAGUGCUCUUUUCUGUCCAAAGUGGGGUGUGGGUUUAGAAUUAGUCAAUCUAACACUUGUCAUUAUGUAAUAGACUGCAGAGAAGGAGAAGUGCAGAACUUCCAGGUUCUUAGGAGUGGCAACAGCUUCACUGGUGCACUCAUGGAGGAGUAGACAGUUGUGCAGACUAGUGACUGAUUUUCAGAGACAGAACACAUUCACACACAUAAUGAGUCAUGGCUCAAAUACAACAACAAGCUUAGCAAAGUGAAACAUUUUUGAAGUGCUGGUGUCUUCAGUACUUUUACAUGUAGUACCUGACGCAGAAAGGGUGCAGCCUCCAUCACUUGUCACACAGGCCUCAGCCUCUUUUCCAAGGGGCGGAACGGCAAACAGACAAGAAAGUUCUCUCUCUGCAGAAACUUUAGUUCAAGUCUAUGCUAAUGUUAGCUCAAGCCUGUCUGUUGUGGGGGAGGAUUUCAGUUUUACAAGUAGCUUGGGGAGAGUGUUCUUCUUAUUGUUCUGAAAAUUAAUUAUUAAAGUCACACAUGUUUCUCUUCAGGCAGCCCUUCUCAUGGUUGUGAUCAAACCAUUAACAUUACCAUUUGGUUGAUUGCCUUUCCCACAUGUGGAUAAUUAUUCCAGAUGAGUCUUACCUUUCCCAACCUGUAUAAAGAAUUGGCAAAGGCACUUUUGCAUUGAUGUCUCUUGUCUUGAACAGUGUAUCUCAUGUCAAAAUUACCAAAAUAUUAUUGCCUAUAUGGAGCAUGUCAGUAAAUUUUGGCUAAUGAAUCAUGGAGUGUUGUGUACAUUCUGUGCAGAUUUACUGAAUGCUUUUCGUCCUCUACUCUCUUUGCUUUUAAUCGUUCUUAAUCUCUAACAUUUGAAAAUGUUACAUUGUGUUAAUAUUACUGACAUAGUUGGCUUACACAGAUACUGAAAGAGCAAGUUUCUAGGCCUUAAGAUUCAGAGAGAUAAACCAUUCCCUUGCGUUCACCCAUUUUGUUCCCUGCCCAAAGCAAUUUAGGAUUUUUGAGAGGUUGAUCUAGAGAAGCAUGUUAAACUAUGAAAGCAGAUUAAUUGCUUGGAUAUACAAAUUUACACAACAUAUUCAGAGGACGAAACAGGAUGUCUGCCUUGCAGAAAUUAGAUUUUUUUUUUUUUUGGCCAAAUACACAUAACCCUAUAUGUCCGUAGUCUACACUGGCAACUUUCCUCCAUUUUCAAGCUGCCACUUCAUUUCCAAGAAGUAUCCCUACUCUGGUGUGUCUGGGUACAGUAGAUGUUUUGUCUGUAGUCUUAGGCUUAUUUACCAGCAACUGUCACCUUGCAUAGUGAUCCAACUGUUUUGUUGCAUUUCUGUUUUGUAGCUCUGGCCAUGGGCCUGUGCGUUGCAAUGAUCGCCUUUGUCCGAUUGCCCAGCCUCAAGGUUUCCUGUCUGCUGCUCUCGGGGCUAUUAAUUUAUGAUGUCUUCUGGGUGAGUUUCUUCUAGUUUCUUACGUAUCCCUAUAACCAGACAAAGAGUUCUUCUGACCUUGGAGGCAGGCUUGCAGGACCCAUCACCUUGGACAUCUUGAAAUACUGUCACUGGGUACCAGGGGGCAUCUAUAGGCACACCCCAUUUUGUUGCUGCAUCUUUCAGUCAUAACUUUCUAAAAGGCUUUCCCCUUCACUUAUAUUGUAUUUUUUCCAUAUCACUCCCUGGGACCUUCCCCAACUCAAUUUUAUCUUUUUCAUAAACUUCUUUGAGAUUUGUUUGUUUACAAUCUAGCAGCCUAUAAGUUUAAUUAAUUAACAAAUUCAACUUUGUGUAGGAAAUAGGUGAUGAAGAUCCCCCCACUGUCCGGAAGGGGCUGAUUACAGACUUUGGCACACCUUAGAGGAUACCACCUUGGUCUCACCCAGCAGCCACCCCCAGGCAGUCAGAGAAAUUUGCCUCUUUAGAAAAUUUAUAUGUGGCUUUUCAAUUAAAAAAUGCAACAUGGCAACCAUAUAGCUCCACUUUUUUAUUUUCACGUUUCAUUGCAUCUUGAAGGCCACAUUGGUCAGAUGGUAUCAACACCUCUUUUUUUCCUGAACACUCUUGUGGAGGAAGCUGUUGGAGCUUCUGGGAGAACUGGUGUGAAAACUUCUCACCCUGUCCUCUUGUUGAUUACGUCUUUGUGAGGCUUGCAGUGGCCGCAGUGCCCCCCACCCAAUCGUCCUGGCAAUGUGUUAUUGACCACCAGGUCUAGAUGGUACAAUAUACACUAAAGGAACAUCUUUUGAAGAUGUUUUACAGGUUGUAUAUAACUCCCAGCAAAAUAUCCAAAGUGUAUAAAACGAGAUCUUAUACGUGCUGGAGGUGUAAACAGGCAGAAGGGACACUGUUUCAUCUGUGGUGGGGUUGCAAAAAAAUUAAGAAUUUUUGGGAUAUUAUAUAUGAGGAAUUUUUUAAAAAAAUGUUUAAGCAAACUUUCAUAAAGAAACCAGAAGCCUUACUCUUAGGCAUUUUAGAUUCAGAUAUUCCAAAUGAAAAAAUAUAAUAUUCUUAUAUGCUACAGCAGCAGUAAGAAUAUUAAUUGCCAGAAAUUGGAAAGGAGAAUUAGUACCAACAAAAGAGGAAUGGCAGGAUAAAUUAUUUCAAUAUCUCAAACUGGCAAAAAUGGCAGAAACCAUUAGGAGACAGCCAAACCAAAAGUUCAAAAAGGAGUGAGAAAUUUAUAAAGAAUAUUUUAAAAAACAGUGCCCUCAAGUUAAAACCUGGACAUGCUUUGAUUAAUUUUCGCAAACCACAAUAUGGAUUAUAAGUAUAGUAUUCAGGUAACAAGAAGUGACAAAAUGAUUAAAGAAGCCGUUUUAGUAAACAGAUAAGAGAGACCUGCUUUGAGGAAGACAGAAGUCUAUUGGGGAAGGUAAGGAAUUGGGAAUUAAGAACAUGGUAGCAUAAGUUCUUUUGUAAGAACUUAUGGAUUUAUGGAUGGAUGGAUUUUUUUUAUUAUUUUAUCAUUUUUGUUAAUUUCUUGUGUGUGUUUAUUAAGUAAGAAAACUAAUAAAAAGCAUAUUAAAAAUAAAUAAAUGGCACAAUUGGUUGGUGCCCCCAAAGGGCAGGGGUUGUUUCUCACCUGUGUGGGUGGUAUCAACAGGUCCCUUUUGAGCCAGCAAACAUGAGUGUCCUUGUGGGUGUGUCCACUGCUGCCAUCUUGCAUCUCCUAUAGAUGCAGGUGGGCUUCUGUCUCUUAAGGAACAUAAGGCUAUCAUGUAUAUCAGCCCCUCUUGAGACCAAGCAAAAGGGUUAGUGCCAUGUCACUAGGAACUAGCAAAUCUGCAAAUCCUGUAUCGUUUCAUCUACUUGCUUCACUUACUGGUUUCCUGGCUCACAGGUUCUCUUGAUCCUAGGCUGGAUAAUGAGAGAGAUGCAUAGCUUUUGAGGUGAUCAAAAACAGCUUUUGUGUUUCCCCUGCCCCCCCCCCCCAGGUCUUCUUUUCCGCCUACAUCUUCAAUAGCAAUGUUAUGGUGAAAGUGGCCACACAACCAGCUGAUAAUCCGCUUGAUGUUUUAUCACGGAAGCUCCACCUUGGACCAAAUGUAGGUCGAGAUGUCCCCCGCUUGUCACUGCCUGGCAAACUUGUAUUUCCAAGGUAGGAGUCACCUUUUUGCCUCACAUCCUUUACUGAGGCUUCUUUACAUUUUGCUCUUGGGAAAUUGUUUUGUGGUAGAUAUGCUGUUUUAAGAAGAACCCAAGAAGCUUUGGGGCCACAAUUAGGAAAGUGGUUUCCUUUUUGCUUGCACCCUAACCCGAGAGUCUGUGUGCUGAUGGUUGGUCAGAGAAGAAAGGUUAACCUAGCUCCUUGUUUUCCAGUUCCACAGGCAGCCACUUCUCCAUGCUGGGAAUUGGAGACAUUGUGAUGCCUGGCCUCCUUCUCUGCUUUGUCCUGCGUUAUGAUAACUACAAGAAGCAAGCCAACAGCGAUUCCUGUGGUGCUCCAGGACCAGGGAACAUCUCUGGACGCAUGCAGAAAGUCUCCUAUUUUCACUGCACACUCAUUGGAUACUUCGUAGGUAAGGGGGAGGGAUCUGUGCAGAAGUUGAUGCGGUGAGUGCAGUCUGGAUGAAUCUCCCCCCCCCCUUUAAAGUUUGAUGUAUCUUGCAAUUGUGUGCAAGAUGCUUUUAACUGUAAUGUUUUUCCUAAAGGUUAGAAGGUGCUCACGCAGACAUCUUGGUUUGGAGCACGUUGGUUUUAUUUGCCAGAAGCGAGUAGACAAAGUUGCUGUUUGUAAACCUGAACUGAAGAGUGAUAGAAGAGGAAGCUUUAAAAGUGUGCUGUAGGAUACGUUUCUGGGAUUGAGAGACAGAGCAACGGUUGCACUUUGGGGUGUGCUAAAGUUGUCUUUCCAAAGAGUGAAUGGAAUUCAGUCACUUGACAUCAGGCUGAUAUUGGAAGAACAAGAGGACAGAAGUCUUCCAUUGGCAGUGACUGUUAAAGAAUUGGAAUGGUUAAAUUGCAAGACUUAAAAUUUCAUUGGGAGCUAUUUUGUAAACACGUGAGCUCCAUUUAUAGGCUUCUGGAACAGGAAUUAAAGCAAACUUGUUUUUAUUUUGAGAAGUUGUCUUUGUUACAAGCAGGAUUUUGAUGUUUUUAAAAAAACUUUCCAACAAAGGGUAUCUUAAAUCUAGAUAUUGAAAGCAAAAUACCGAGAAUAGCCAUGCAUGUUUGAUGUGUUGACUGCUUGCAAAGUAUGUGUACAAAACAUGUGUGUUUAGGGGAUUUGCAAAGAGGAAAUUGGUUUUGGAGUGCAGAGGGCAAUUAAAGCAAGGAGUAAAAGAGCUCAGGGGCAAACUUGCCUUCUGUCUCUUUGCCUUUGCCUUCUGUCUCUCUGCCACAGAGAUCAUUUCUGUGCUUUGAAGUUUUUCCUCACUACCAUGAGAUUAGAAGCCAUUUGCUCUGGAAAGUUAAAGCAGAGGCUUAUUAUUUAAAAGCUGUUAACAGAACUUUAGUUCAGGAAGCCGUUCACUUGACCUUGGUGCAGUUUGCAUUGUGGAAUCAUCCUGCCAUGAUACACAGUGUCUCUCUCUCUCUCAAGAGAAAACAAGACAGCAAAUAUAUCAUCUAAGAGAGAAAGGCGCCCAUUUGGGUGCUGUCAUGUCAUCUUGUCUUUCCUUAUAUUGCAGGCCUCUUAACUGCGACGGUCGCUUCUCGCAUCCACCGGGCAGCUCAGCCCGCCCUCCUCUACUUGGUACCCUUCACCUUAUUGCCACUCCUCACUAUGGCCUAUUUAAAGGUGAGAGGAGUGUUGGGAGUCACGUCUGUGGGAAUCUCCUUGGGCACAUCAGUGAUGUACUGUCUAACCCCCUCCCCUCCCCAGCAUCUGCUGUGCUAUUGCAAGGCCCAUCCUUUUGAAUUGCUGUGCACAGCCACUGAAAGCAGCAAAAAGAAGAAGUUAUUUUUGUUAGGGUAUAUGCAUCCUACAACAUACUACCACUAUAUACAGUAUAUACUGUACAGUAUACACUAUAUACCUCCCCACUUACAUGUGCUUGACUUGGGCGCAUCCUCAUAUAGGGCAACUCCACGAAAUAAAUAAAUCAGUUCAAAUCUGGAAAUGGUGGGAGAGAGCUGGAAAUUCCUUGUGACUCUCAAGGAGACCCUCCCCAGAGCCUGAAGAGGUUUUAAAGGCAGAAAAAAACCUGUGGGCUCCAAAAUAGUGCACGGGAGCCCUCCCUGCUGCCAGCCUAGGCCGCUCAACAGCUGUUGGGCGGGAAGCUGUAAUGCGGCAGGCUCAGUCCUGUUCCCUGUCCGUUCUGGCGAUCUGGAGGCAAAGAUACAGUAUAGGUUGCUUUUUGUUAUGUAGGGUUCCAAAGAGCUCUGAACUUGUUUGUUGUAAAAGAAGAAGAAAUCACCCUGGUUCCUCGCCCUGACAAGGUUCCCCACUUACCUUUCGCUUAUGCGCAUGGGGGUCUGGAACGUAAUCCCUGCGUAAGUGGGGAGUUGCCUGUACAACAUCAAGAACAACAACAACUCCUCUAAACAAAUACAAUAAAAUAAAUACCUGAAAGUCAGCAUAAAAGCCCACUUAGUAGGUAUUAAGGUUCACAGUUGGUAAUGAAAUGAUGUCAAGAUGGGUGCUAGGGGAGCAUUCCCUGAGUUGGGUGAUGCCACUACCUGUCGCUGCCUGUCCUACCUCCAGCUGGUGCAUCCAAAGAGGUCUCUGCUGUAUCAGCCUGAGCUGCCAGAGGGCACUUGAUACCAUGGAAGCACUGCAGGCCUGGCCCUUCCUUGUGGGCUGGGGCUGAUGGGAGUUGUAGCCCCAAACAUCCGGAGGGCGCCAUGUUGGAUCCCCCUGGCGUAAACGUUACAGAGCAAAAUAGUCAUCGUCCAGCUUCGCUUUCUGAAUUCUGCCAUCCUUGAGCCCCUUGCCCCAAAAGGGAGCCUUAGCAGCCUGUUAUAAUCUGGGUGCAGGAGCAGCCCCUUUGAACUCUGUGAGUCUGUGCACACUCAGUUGCUCACUCUUCUGUCCCUUUCCUUAGGGAGAUCUGCGUCGCAUGUGGUCUGAACCAUUCCACUCCAAGACCAGCAGCUCACGUUUCCUGGAGGUAUGAUGGAACGGAUGGAAAGUGACCGGAACUUCUGCCUGGUCCUUUUUUUGUGGCUCACAGCUUGGUUGUCCGUCCCUGUGGCUGGGCUGGUACUCAGGAGAGAAUUACCAGUUUGUGGAACUUGUACAAAUGGACUUGCUUUCUGGGAAAAGGAGGAAAGAGCAAAGGCGUUUUGGUGGUGGUGGUCGAGGGAGUGGGGGCUUCUCCCCUCCCUUCUUGGAACUGGAGACAGCUUGCCAUGGCAGCCGCCUCCCUCUUCUUCCUUCCCCUUCCCCUCCUCCUCCUCCUUAUGGAUUAGUGCUAGGCCAUCCAGUGUUCCUCAGGGGAGAAGAAGGAGGAGGAGGCAGACUGACAGACACUUUCUGGUGAAAACGGCAUAGAGUCAUUGAGGAACUUGUGAACACUAAGAGGAGACAAAUGGUCACUGCGCUUGGAGUUUCUUGGGAAACCCUACAAGUACUUUGGGACCAGUUUUCUGUUGGACUCCGGUUUCAGAGAGAACUGAGACAGAGGUUUUUCUGUCGCUAUAAUCUUUUUUUCCCCCCAUUCAAAUUUAUUAAAUAUGUUCUGUGGUGUGAGGUGACUUAUUAAAUCCACAGACAUUUGAGUGACUUCUUGCAGUACACGAUAUAAAGACUUUGUUGUAAACAAGUUACAUUUCCACCCAGAUGUCAUGUUGCAGUGAACAAGGGCACGACUUUUAUACACACACAAAUGCAUACACAGAAACACACACACACACAUGCAAUGGGAAAACCUGCUAGGAUCAUGCUUUGUAGCUGACAGGGGCUUGCUGUAAUUUUUAGCAUGUAGAGCAGUUUACUCUGGGCUUUCUUGUAUAUGGAUCUGCAAAUAUGCUGCUGUCUUUCCCAUUUCCCUCCAUGAGUGAAGCUUCAGUUAAAAAAAACAACCAGUGUAGUAUUUUGUACUUAGUGUGCUCCUGGAUUUUAGGGGAUUCUUUGAUUUUUUCAAUCAAUGUAGCAGACUUAGGGGAGGGAGAAAGCUGAAGCCCUUGACCCCCCCCCCCCCGGCCGAACCCCUAUUUUUGUUUGUGGGUUUGUUUUUUACAACUUAAUCCAUUACAGGUUUUUAGUAGCUCCCCUCUUGACCCUGUGCAUGUAUUAUAGCAGCUGUUGUCUCUGUGCGUUCUGAUCAUAGUAAUGUAUGACUUGUAAAUACAUUUUUUCUAUUUUCUAUUUUUUGUAUUUAUUUUUUUUUGCAUUGUUUGAUUAGUGUGCUGUAUUUCCCCCCAUUCCCUUACGUUUAAAAAAAAAGGGAGAGAGAAAGAGAAAGAGAGAAUCCUGUCCUCUGCUGUUGUGAUUGGUCAAAGUUUGUGAUGACUGCUUUGUACCUGGGAGUCUCUUAAAACGUGGACUUUUCUAAACAAAUUGUCCUGGCUAUGUUAUUUUUAACUGUUUCAAAGGUUCCUAAGAUGAACUUAUCUUUCCUGUCAAAAAUGAAAGUUUCCUUUCUGCCCACUGGUUUAAAAGACCUGCCCCUGUAAUGGGGUGUGUGUUAGCUUAGCCCAGAUUCUGGGAAUUCCUGGCAUUAGGUGGUGGUUUUAAGACCUUUCUUGUCCUAGACCAGAUUAGGGAAUCAUUUUACUGAAUAUUUUCUCCCCUUCCCCCCUUUUCUUGCUGCUUCCUCAAUUCUUUCUGGGGAGGGCUGUGUCUUCAUGUCCUGUGAGAGCUUUCCAGGAGCAUCUGGCUUGACUACCUUGGGAAACAGGAUACUGGGUGCACUUCUGGCCUGAUCCAGCAGGGCUGGUCUUAUGCUUUAUGAAUUAGAAGCUGCCUUGAGGGAGGAAACAGGACCAGAAGAUAAUAAAUAAAUAUGGAAACCUCAUAUUUUUAUUUGUUUAUUUACCACAUUUAUAUCUUACCGUUUCUUAUAUCGUGGAACUCAGGGCAGCAAAUGUGGGAUCCUGAGGUGGUCUUCUCCUUGCUCCACCCAUGCAUUGACUGAGACCUGAGUUCUCUUCAUUUGCCCUCAUACCAUGCUGAGGACAAGCAAAAUCUUGGAAGAAAAUACUUAAAUGAAAUGCUAUUUCACCCCCAUCUACCGCUGCCUUUUUUUUACGUGUCAAAGGGAGUAGUAUGAGCUGAAAAGUUGGGAUUGGUUGGGUCGUUCCUAAAUGAUUUAGGGAACAGCUGCAUACAAUUCUUGCAUACGACUCCACACAGAAUUAACUAAACCCUGCUUUAUCCUAAAGUUCUUUUGCCAAGAACAGUUCUUGACCAUCCUUGUGGACACUAGGAUUAUUUUUUUUUUUUAAGAUGCAUUGUUUCAGGAGACAUGCUGAGGAACCUCAUUUGAACAGAUCAGUGUAAAGUUCUUUUGCAAAGCCACGAAUAUUGAAAAUAAUGUUCAUGUUGGUUUGUUCAGCCGGCAGAGCAGGAGACUUGGCUUGCAAAAAAGGAGGGCUGUGUUCAAAAGUUUCAUUUGUGGGGACUGGCAUUUGUGGGGACUUAUAUGCCACAAUACUGAAGACUCAUUCUGUUUGGUCACCUGCAGAGGUAAGAUUUUUAUUAAAGGAACAGAACAUCACA